CAAGGCUAGCAAGAGUAGCUCAAACAAAGCUGUGGUGAACUUAGCAUGUACUGUAGACACGUCGGAACUCUGAGUUUAGAGAAAACAGUACCGCGUCUGCGGAGGUUCUGCUCAGUCACCCUGCUCCAUAUAUUACACGGCUGUAUUUGGAUCAGCUCGAUUUAGAUUUUUUUUACAGAUUAAACAGACAGCGAAUAUUUCGUGCAAGAUGGUUGCCAUGACUAAAAGAGUCAAGAUCUUUCAGAUCGAGUUCAACGAUCCGACCAAGACGUUUUACUGCAGCGGGGAUAAAGUGGCCGGGAAGAUCGUAGUCGAGGUGAACGAGAUCACACGCGUCUCGGCCAUGAAAGUGCUCGGGGUCGGCUGUGCGAAAGUGGAUUACGCCAAGGGGAAGAAAAGGUGCCAGCAAGAAGUCGACUAUCUAAAAUAUGAAGAAGUUGUUCUGCUGGAUGACCAUCCUGCAGAUACUGAUGGCUCGGUCAUCCUCAGGCCUGGAAACAAAUACGAAUACACCUUCGGCUUCGAGCUUCCACAGCAAGGGCAGCUUGUGUCUUCUUAUGAGGGAAAGUUUGGCAGCGUCCAGUACUACGUCAAAGCCUUGAUGGAGAGAGCAUCUCAUCCCCCCCUGGAGUGCAAGAAAGCCUUUGAGGUGGAAGAGCCCUUGGACGUCAACACGCCUGACCUUAUGUCUCCUGCAGGCGGGAUGAAGGAGAAGAAAGUCACCUGCAUGUUCAUUCCUGAUGGCCAGGUGUCCCUGAACGCCAAGAUCGACAGACGUGGCUUCUGUGAAGGUGAAGAAAUCUUUAUCGAUGCCAAGUUUGAGAACACCUGCUCACGUAUCGUGGUGCCCAAAGCUGCCAUCGUGGCCAAGCAGAUAUACCAAGCCAACGGGGUCACCAAAGUGUUCAGGCAGAAGCUUUCCUCGGUGCGUGGAAAUCACAUAAUCUCAGGGAUGUGUGACGCAUGGCUUGGGAAGAGCAUCCGAGUGCCUAAGAUCAAACCCUCCCUUCUGGGUUGUGGGAUCAUCCGCGUUGAGUAUGCCCUCAUGAUCUACAUGCACAUUCCAGGCAGCGAGAAGCUCAUCCUGGAGCUGCCCCUGGUCAUCGGCACCGUGCCCUACAGUGGGCUCAACAGCCGCACUAACAGCAUGAGCAGUCAGGAGAGCACGUCCUCUGCCAGCUGGGUGUCCCUGCGCAUGCCAUCCUCAUGUCCCCCCAGCUACUGUGAGAUUGCACGCAACGCCAGCCUCGAUCAGCCGCUCACGCCGCUGCUCGAUGACUACGACGAAGGGGACAGUCCCAUCUUCAUGAACAGUACGCAGUUCAGCUUCCCUCCGCUUCCACCCUACUCAGAGGUGGAGGAAGAGUACAACGGCAACACCCGCAUGCUUCCAGUGUGUUGAGGAGCUUUCUAAAACUGAUACCUGUCCAAAGCUAUCCAGUCUUCCUCUCACCGUUCAGGAACUAUUAAAAGCGUUCUCAAAGCUGAGGACGAGUAAAAAGGCCCGAGGGUCGGACGAUGAGGGUCCAGUAGCGUUCCUGGUGUUUCCGUGUCUGUGCUGUCACGACGCUCGAGCUUUCCAAGCGUGCAUCGUGGUGAACUUUCAGGGAUUGAACAAGCACACGUUGUUUCAGUGUGCUGUCAUUUACCUCUUACAAAGCUGCCCAUCUAUAGCUUGAGAUUUCUGCUGAACCGAGGCUUUUAGUUAACUUUAAAACAUUCCCUAAAUAAAGGGCGCAACUUCUGAGCUUCUAAUUCUACACCUGUUACGAAUCAUUCUAUAGAAAUGUGUUGUAAGAGAGUUUAUUUUUGAGAAGUUUUUUUAAUGGAUCAGUGUUAAAUUGAAGCUGUUUGUUUCCAUGAUAAUGCACUUUUUUAUGGAUGCAGUUCACUUCCUGACUGCCUGAAGAGACUACUCCUGUAUUGCAUUUAUCAUUGUUAUUUUGGGUUUCACUUUUGCGUUGCUUUUUCCUGUGAGAUUUUGGAAAUCACGCGAGCUCCACUUGCUGCACCGUGUGUUUGAAUGUGGGGUUUUUUUCCUAACAGCCAAGCAACAUCCUGACACUAACAGUGCCAAAGUCAGGGUGCUCAUCUUAUUUCGCCAGAUCAGGAAAUGCACUCUGUUCUUUUAUGUUACUGAUUUUGACAUGUUUAUUUUCUAAAUGAUUGCCUUUCAUCUCUUGAGAUUGUAUGAUGUAUUGCUUUUUUUUUUGUAUGGCAAAUUAUGGUUUUAUAUUUGAACCCUGUGGGUUAGUUUUCAAUAAAAAAGAAAAAAUCUAAAUC